UGGCGCGCUUGCCAAUUCUCAUGUCCUUUCCCGCUACUGCCGAGGCCAUUGAUUCUCUAGAAGAAUACGAAGAUAUCAUAGCCUGGAUAAAUGAUACCCUGACUGCUUCUAGCAGUGAACAGGACCUCGAAUCUCUCAUAAAUCUUGACCAACAAAUUACCCAGCUCAUCGCUUCACUCGACAUUGCCUGCGAAGACACCUCCUCUCAGCUCGAAAGGACUAUCGACGAUGUAUCUCGCGGUAUUCCUCGACUCACUUAUGAUCUUCAUUUUAUAAAGGAUAAUGCCCUUUCUCUUCAAAACUCUUUGGCGAAUGUCCAUUCCAGUUCACGCGCAGCCAUCCCCGACACUACUGCCUCUGCAUUGGAGCAGCUGAAGCGUUUGGACACGAUGAAGGGCCACAUGGAAGCGGCCAGAGAAGUCCUUCGAGAGGCCGAGAGCUGGAGUACGCUUGAGUUAGAGGUGACAUCCAUGUUAACGGAGCACAACUAUGCGAAGGCAGCAUCCAGACUAUCCGAAGCUAACAAGAGCAUGGUCGUGUUCCAGAACACCCCGGAGUAUGAUCCCCGACGCACGCUUCUCGUGAAUCUGCAGAAUCAGCUUGAGGCUUCCCUCAGUUCCGCGUUGGUUGCUGCCAUCAAUGAGCAAAACUUGGAGACGUGCAGGAGCUAUUUUGACAUAUUUAACAACAUCCAGAGGGAAGUAGAAUUCCGAAACUACUACUAUGGCUCUCGCAGAGCCCCUCUUACUGCUACGUGGUCUGAUGCAGAACUUUUAGAUGCUGCACCGGAAGGGAAAAUUGUGUCUGGUCAGACGUUCAGCGAAUUUCUUUCAAAAUUUUAUGCCAGCAUGCUUGCACUCUUGAAUCAAGAGUGUGGUUCAAUCCCUGCUAUUUUCCCUGAUCCUGCUCAUACGCUUUCCGCCUUCAUUUCGUCAAUCCUUUCUUCACUUCAACCUACGUUUUCUCAACGAUUGUCGUCUUUGUCUUCUUAUUACUCUGAUUUGGCACUGAAGGAGCUUAUAGCUGUCUACCGAGUAACAGAGGAGUUUGCUGUCGGGGUGGUCAAACUCAUGGAGAAAAUACAAUAUUCUACAGUGCCCCCAGUCAACACGAGUUCAUCUGAUCCUGCAACUCCUACACAUCCCUCACACAGUCGGAAGAGGUCCAUGAGGAUGUCGAUCUCGUUCCGUUCCGGCAUGAAUAGGACCAAUUCUGGUGGUCAGAAAAUUUCCAGUCUUGUUGAUGGUUUAGAUUGGGAUCAAGAACUUUUCCAUCCUUUUCUGGAGUUCCAGGUAGACUAUAGCUCCCUUGAACGUCGCUUUCUUGAUCAUGCCUUGCGCGACAUUGUUUCGAAUGAUACUCGCCAGAAAGCUUCGGGUUCGGACCAAGCCCGUAUUUUUCGAGAGAGGGCGGUUGACAUAUUCAGCGCCGCGGAGGAGAGUCUCGCACGUUGCUCUGCGUUCACCCAUGGCUAUGGCUCUGUAUCACUCCUACAAGCUCUGGAUGGCUUUUUGAAAUCCUUCGUUGAUAUGUGGACCGCAGAUGUAAGCUUUGCUUCUUUAGGGCCACAUUCUACACUGCAGGAGGCAGGAUCAGAAGAUCUAUCUGGACUCGACUAUACAUCCCAGGACUGGCAAAACAUUCAAACAAUGCUUCACUUACUGGGCUCUGCUCGCAGUGUUUAUGAGCGGAUGAAUUCUUUCGAAGUCAAAUUACGCUCGAACCUCGCUAACACAGCCAGUACAUUUCGACUCCAUCGCGGUGAUCCUACUAGUUUUCCUAUCGCUGACACAAAAGGAGCGGAGCAGAUUCUUGAACAGUCAUCACUGAACUCUGCAGAUUUGCAUGCCCUAUUGGACAAAAUCGACGUGGAUCCCUCACACAUCCGAGAUAAUUUUUCGCGUCAGCAAGGAACCGCAAGCUCUACUCUCGGAGAACCGUUGCUGACGGACGCUCGUUCAGCGAUGUUUGACUUUGCAAAGGCGUGUCAGAUUUCGCUGCAAGACACGAUUUUAUCACCCCUUCGACAGCAACUGGCGUCGUAUGCGAUUUCCUCCAUAUGGGUUAUCACUACGGAAGAGUCUCGAAACACUACUUUCAACGACCUGCAGGUUCCUACAUUUUCAUUGUCACCUAGUGAGAUCUUCCAACGAGUGACAGAAGGUCUUUUGAACUUGCCUCGCCUUUUCGAAGUCUACGCCGAUGACGACGCCCUCUCGUUCUCGCUUCAAACCUUGCCCUAUGCAGAUCCCGAACUCCUCAAAAAUCUUCCUGCAGCGUCUGUCCCGGAUAUACCGACUCAUUCUCGGCGACAUUCCGUCACAAAAUCAGUCACCUUGGACCCUGAAGUGGUUUCUACAGCAUGGCUAUCGUCCUUGGGACAAUCGCUUCUGGCUCAUUUAACAACGGAGGUUUUGCCCCGUAUCAACAAAUUGAACUCUGGAGGAGCGGCACAAUUGGCGUCAGAUCUGGGGUACCUUUCAAAUGUUAUUCGUGUGAUAAAUGUAGAGUCUGAAGAGUUGGAGCAGUGGAAGGAGUAUGUUGAGCUGAAUGAUGAUGCUGGGAAAGCAAAAGUAGAUACCAAGAACGAUGAGGACCGCGUUUUGAAUCAUGUCGCUCGAAUGCGUGGAUGGAGAUAGACAUGUUAUUGUAAUCCAUUAUAUACAAGGUUGCAAGUCUCCAUGAACAUCUGCGAAUCUUAGACUUUAUG